AUGGAAAUUACGCAGCGAACAGAUACUUCCUCCACUGCCGCUCCAGAACCGCACGCCAACUACCCCUCCCUGACUCCAGCGUACACAUUCAAUUUUCGCAUUGGUGGGCCCGCCAGUCCAGUGGGAGGGCUCACUCGCGGCCAGCCGCUCACGGUUGUGCAUAUUAUUGGCGGGAGAGUCACUAGCGCGCCGCGCCAGUCUGAUGCUCCAUUAAGUACUGGAGCGGGAGGUGUUGGCGGUGGCGAUGGCAGUGGCAGUGGUAAUACUGGUAAUCCUCGGGAAGCAGAAGCUGUUGAUGAGCUCCCGAGACUGGAAGCGACUGUACGUGGCCAGGGGAUCGACUUUGUGCGGAAUGAUCCUGACGGUGGCCGGAUGAGGUUGGAUGCAGGACUUGUGGUUGAGGAUGGGGAUGGAGCUAUGAUUCAUAUCCACUACACAGGCAUAGUCGAGAUAAAUGACCAGCUCUCGGCAAUCCUGGCAGGCAGGCGUGACGCGAGGGAUACUGAGUUUGGUGCUUCUUUCAUCCAUGUGACCUUCGAGACUGGAAGCGAGAAGUACAAAGAGCUGGAGCGAGGCGUCUUUGUUGGCGCCGGGCGCUUCAUACUGGACCGAGGAGGGCUGGGUGUCGAAUAUAAGGUCAGCAGGGUUGGCUGGAAACCGCCAUGA